CAAUAUAUUAUAUACCCAGCACAAGAGCUUGUGCCUUCAUGCCAUGGAGAGUAAUGUGUGAGGGUGAGGCAGGAAGGUGGAAAUAGAGGCGUAGUGUGACCACUCCCCCGUGCAGCAGCGCCUGCAGGCUACUGUGUUCGCCAUGGCCACAAACCCAUUGAUUGCCAUGGUCGAGUAAUCAUGUGCCGGGCCUCUCCUAGGGGCCGAGGGCUCGCUUCUCGAGAGAACUGCAACUAUGUGGGCCACAGAAGCUGUUGCUCCAACUGUCGAGUCACAGCACAAGUUUGUUUGUUGUUUAUGUGAAGUUGCUUCCUCAUUCCUGAAAGGACUCCCAGUUUACAAUGAGCAAAAUUUCAGUAGGUUCCAGGGGGACCCUAGUGGGCGAACCUCCUACAAGAAGCCACCAGUUUAUCUGCCAACUAAAGAUAAUCCAAGCUCUCAAGAAAUUGUGACUGAGAAGACAAAUAUCCUCCUGCGGUACUUGCACCAACAAUGGGAAAAGAAGUGUCCAAAAAAGAAACGCGAGACAGGUUCUGGUAGCAAUGAAGAGGAAGCUCCCCGUAAUAAACGACCUCGUUUAGAACCUGGCCCCUCGUCCGACUCUCCAUAGCCACAACCACUCCUUCCUCUAGCAGUCAAUCACAUUUGCCAUUAAAUAAGCCAGGAUUAUGUGGACUCCAUGUGUUUAUGUUUAUUGAACCUGUUUCAAGACCCAUUGGGGCUAAUAGUCAUAAUCAUUCCUGAGGUGGAGUUGUUAUGCUUGGAGGUAAUCCUAUUAAUUCUGGUUUGUCUGUUUUUAAUAAACAAAUAAAUGAAUUAAAUUCAUAAAUCGGAAAGAUGCACUGUAUACUUGAACAUGUAGAUGCGAUUAAUUAUGAAUAUUUGGGUCCAUAAUUUUAGUGGCUUUUAUAUGUAAAAACAAAAGAGAAAAAAAAUUGAGGGGGCCGUAGUUCAAUGGUAUCCUUCUAUAACGCUAAGAUUGUAAUGAUAUUAUAGUGUAAGAUAUAUUUUUGAAGAUUGACUGUGUCUUCCUUAACUGUCAACUGGAUCAUUUUUGUAAUGUAGUUUUUUUGCCGUCUAAACCAAAUUGUUAUUUCUCUUUUGUUGUAUUGGAAGGUACAUAUUGUUACUGAGAAUCUUGAUGUUCAAUAAUGGAGGCAUUAUCUAGCAGGUGCCAAUAGCUUCAAUGAAUACCUCGUAAAGAGAUAAGCAGAUUAGCUUUAUUGAAACAUUUGUGUGUUGUAGUCUAUUUCAUCAGAAAUAUAGUUCACAUUCAGUAAUGCUUUGUGUUUGAAAACAAAUAAUUUUCCUGAAUGAAGUAAAGAAAAUGGUUUAAGACCAUUUCUAUUUGAUUGCAUUAAUUUUUUGUUGCUCAUGUUACUUUUUUUUUUAUUAAUGGAUACAUUCAUCCUUGAUUUUGUUUAUUAUAAUCUAGAAUGGAUAAGUGGGGGAGAUGAAUUUGGCACUGAUUGAGACUGUAUACAAGUUGCUGCUCAACUCGGAACAAGAAUAUUAUAGAAAUUAAUUGUCCGGUAAUAUUGAAUGUUAAAUUUUUAAUACAGUAUAGGUGUCUAUUACCACAGUAAAUUUUUUAAGUUUUAUGCCAUGAAUACCUUUUUGAUAUAAAAGCAAGUUUGGCUUUUGUGGUUGUCAUAUUUGCUAUUGCAGGAUUUUAUACAGUUUCGAUCAGGAACUAUAUUUUUGCUACUCUUAGUAAUGUUUGAUGGUAAUAUAUUCUCAUACCAUAGCUGCUACAGAGUGGGAAACAUGUUGAAAAUAUAAGCUUAAUAUUUUUAAUUGAUUAUAUAUAAAUAUAUAUAAUUUUUUUUCUUUUUUUUUUUUUUUGUUUGGUAGGAAGCUGUCAAAGUACAGAGUUUAUAAGGAAACUUGAGAGGAGCUUACCCAUAUCAUUUUGUACAAGUAACAUACUGUACAAUUAAUAUGCAGAUCUUUGGAAAAUAAUGCAUGCCUUCAGUUGUUUGAAACCCACAUGGCAUUGUCUAGUGAGUGUGGGAAGAGUGGAGAGUAUUUUAUGUAACUGAUUGUUUCAACCACUACAUGUUUGUUCGUUUUUGACUUUCUAGAUACUGUUCAUAAUAAUGUCUGCAUCUGAGCCUGGAUAUGAAUAGUGGAAGUUGUAGUCUUAUAAUGUACCACAAGGUGAUAAAUAAGACAAGUCUCUAGUCAGAUGAGAAUAUGAUGAGUUUGUGAGAUACAAGGGUAAACAUUUGCACGUUGAAAACUGCAUCAGAUUUGUGAAAGAUUUUAUUCACGUUACUUUGCAAGAUUUAUUUUUAAUAUUUCUUUUUUUUUUUUAAUUACAUGUUUGUUGUUAGAGAGACAUACAUUUUACAUACACUCAUUAUCUAUUGUGAUCAUGUUUGAUAACCAGAAGAGUAAUUUAUUUAACGAUCUAUUAAUUUAUCAAGAAAUUGGUUCUAUUCAAUGCCUUGUAUUAUUUUGAUAAUAAUAUCAAGAAAAUGAUACCAAGGAGAUGGAGAUGGAAAUUUUUAAGUAAAUAAUCAUUGCACAUGAAAAUAUAGAUGAAGGUUUUCAGUACUUCAUAUUCAUCUCAUACAUCUGAAAGUCAUAGCUGUAUUGCACAUAUAUAGUGAUGACAGCGCAGAAAUCUAAUAAGAAAACAAGCAAAAUAAA